AUGCCUCCUCGCACCUUUGCUAGCCCUAAAAAGAAAAGGCCAGUGAAGCGUAAAGGUUCAGAUGCUGCCAAGAAUGUAGCGAAGAAGUCACGGGCUCAAGAGACCAGUGUCGAAACAUCCAGUAUGCCCCUUGUAUCCCUUGAUCUGGCCCAUGCAGAAGCCCCAGGCUCCAGAACUGACUUGCAGUCGCAAGGGCCAAAAAAAUUGUUCAAAGACAGCUCCACCACCUUACACCAAUGUGACAAGGAGAAUGUGGGCCCAGAGGAAGAGAUGAGAGAGCAGGAGAUUGGUUGGGGGGAGGACUCCAGCGGUCACUCUGCAUCACACACCUACAUAUAUGUUGAUUCCCGUGAUUGGCCACUUCCUCGGAUGGAUGUUGAAUUCAAUAUCAACCUAGGGAUGAAUUCCAGGCUUGCAAACCCAGCUACCACCAUACCCAUGGACACCGAAACUCCACUCCCCUUGGCAACUAUUUCUCUGGCUUUCAAGCAUCUUAAGAAUGAUGUUCGGAGAGCGCUCAAUACACAAGUAGGCGAUGUUGCUCGAUUAGACAAGCAAAUUGCCAUGUGCAUAAACCUUGAGCGACACAUUGAAUAUCACACAGCAAUCAUUCCAGCAAAUGACCACCAUCUCAUGCUAUUGAGCAUUCAAGACAUGAUUGCUGACUUAGAGGUUGCAAAGACAGCAUCAAUGGAUGAGCCUGACAUACCUCCUGCAGUACACACUAUGAUGAUGCAUACUGGUGGGCAUGGCCACCCCCACAUUGAGAUUGAUUCAGAUAUACUUGCUACUGCAUACCAACUUGCUGGGCCAGCACAGCUCUCUGAAGUUUUUGGAGUCUCUGCCAGAACCAUUUGA